AUGACUACCCAGUCUCGAAUUCCUGCAACCGCAGAGUCCGGCACAUUGACUCGGCUUGGAAAAUUGCCGAAUGCCUAUACUUCCGAUGCCAGCCUGCAGCGAAUGCUAGGAUGGUACCUUCCUGCAGAGACCCUCGAAUUGGUUCAACCCCACUUCUCUCAAUUUGGUGAGGAGGCUGUUUCGCCCCAAAUCCUUGAAUGGAACAUCGACGCAGAGACCAACCUGCCAUAUGUCAAAAAGUACAAUGUCUGGGGCCAGAGGUAUGGGUAUGACAAGCUGGUUACGGCUGAGGGGUGGAAGCAGUUGGGGAAGUGGGGGGCUAGGAAUGGGGUUGUCUCGCUGGGAUAUGACCACACAUACGGCGUUCAUAGGCGCACUGUUCAAUAUGCUGCAGUGUAUCUAUACGCCCCCUCGUCGUCCAUGUACAGAUGCCCUAUGAGUAUGUCCGAUGGGGCGGCAUUUGUAUUGUCACAGCGCCUCAAGGAUCUGCCAAAUGACCAUGUUUUGCACACCGUAUUUCGGAAACUGACCUCCAGAGGAGACGACUACUGGACAUCUGGCCAAUGGAUGACGGAAAGAGCAGGUGGGAGCGACGUUCAAAACACAGAAACAUGGGCUACCUACGCACCCUUAUCCCAAGGAUCGAAAACAUCCGACGCCCUAGCCGAGGGAGACUACCUGAUCAACGGAUUCAAGUUCUUUUCCUCCGCAACAGACGCCAAUGUCGCUUUCCUCUUAGCCAAGACAGGAUCUGGCAAACUGAGCACAUUCAUCGCGCCAUUACGGAAGACGAUCAUUGGAGCGGAUGGAAAGCCCGAAGAAGUAUCCAACGGCGUGCGGAUCCACCGCCUGAAAAACAAGCUCGGUACCAAGGAAUUGCCCACGGCCGAGCUGGAACUGAAGGACAUGCGCGCUCACCUCGUCGGCGAGAUCGAUCAUGGAAUCAAGACUAUUGCUCCACUGUUGAAUACUACGCGCAUCCAGACGCUUCUUGGAACAUUAUCAACCUGGCGUCGUGCUAUCAGCAUCACGAAGAAUUUCGCCAAGUCACGAACUACUGUCGGCGAGCCAUUAUGGUUGAUCCCGAUGCAUCUGCGCCUCCUCGCAGAUGUGGAGGUAAAGCAUCGUGGCGCUAUAAAUCUUGCCUUUUUCACAAUUGCAGUGAUGGGUUUGAUUGAAAAUCCAUCCAGCUCCGCGAGUCGUCCACACAUGCCGAAGGAUCUUGCCGAAGCAAAGGUCAUCUUCCGGGUCCUAACCGCAACUUGCAAGGGUGUUGUUAGCAAGAUGUCGAUGGUGGGUGUGCAAGAAUGCCAGGAAGCGAUGGGUGGAGUCGGGUAUAUUGACGAACCGGACGAGCCCGAGGUCAACAUUUCGCGCCUUCUCCGAGCUGCAGCCGUCUAUCCGAUCUGGGAGGGUACCACGAACGUCCUGGCGAGUGAACUCGUCCGCUUCCUGAUGAAAAGUGAUACCCUGUCUGUUCUCUCAGGGUGGCUUGAUCGUGUUGUGUCUUUGGUCCGUACACCGUCUCUGGCGGGUGCAUUGAAGCAGGCUCUGGCCGCUUUCCUUUCUCGUGUGACAUCUACUAGUCCGCAGGCUGCGUUGCUGGCCGAUGCCCGGAGGAUUAUGUUCACCUUCGCCUGGAUUCUUUCGGGGGCUCUCCUGACUUUGGAUGCCGAGCGUGAUGGGGAUGAAGUCGCGAUGGAAAUUGCUCGCAGAUGGGUUCUAUUAGGCGAGGGUGGUGUGGGCGAGUUUGUUUACCGGGAUAUUGUCAAGCCGUAUCAGGCCUAUGAUUCGACCUCGGGGACUGCUGAGCAUACUCAAUUUGAUUGUAAGAUCGCUUGGGGGGUUGAAUUGCCCAAGGUGGUAUUUGGUCAUCGGUCUUUGAGCGAGUCAUCGAAACUGUAG